UAUGCACUGAACAUUUCAUACAGACAUUUCAUUUGAAAAAAGAAAGUAAUUUUUAGGAGACAGAUAAGAAUUACUCAAACAGCACCUCGUUUUCAGAGCUCAGAAACACAGCAAAAUCUAGAGCUUGAAGCACUAGUCUGCUUUAAUUUAAAAUAUGUGAAUAUGUAAUCUAUUUAUUGUUUUAUUUUUGAUUUCUGUUUUCCAGUAGAAAAUCCAAGACACAGAGCAUUUAAAUUGCUGCUAAAAGUAUUUCAGAUUUAUGAUUUUAAAGCUUAUUAAUGUAAAUUCAUAUCAGAGUUCAGAUCUGUUCUUUGAAUAGGUUGCUGUAGUGUUGAGUAAAUUUUAGCACAGAACACAUUGGACUUAUAUGUGUUCAGGUUCUGUAUUUUUUAUUUCAACUGUACCUUCUGUCAUGGCUUGGAUGACUUAUAUUUCUCACUGGUUUGAUGAAGAUGAUUGGUAUGAAGGACAACGACGAGCAAAAAUGUCACAGGUUAAACAAGUGGGACUUUUAGCUGCUGGAUGUCAGCCAUGGAACAAGGAUAUAUGUGCUGCUAGUGGGGAUAGAUUUGCCUACUGUGCUACCCUUGCUAUUUAUAUUUAUCAGCUGGAUCAUCGAUACAAUGAGUUCAAGCUCCAUGCAAUUAUGUCUGAGCAUAAGAAGACAAUCACAGCCAUAUCCUGGUGUCCCCACAACCCUGACGUGUUUGCAAGUGCCAGUGCAGAUAGUUUAGUGAUUAUUUGGAAUGUGAAUGAACAGAAAGUUGUGGCCAAGCUGGACAAUACAAAAGGAAUUCCUUCAUCACUUAGCUGGUGUUGGAAUGCAGGUGAUGCAGUUGCAUUUGUGUCCCAUAGAGGGCCGUUGUACAUUUGGACUGUCUCAGGACCUGACAGCGGGGUAACUGUACAUAGAGAAGCACAUAGUUUCUUGUCAGAUAUCAGUCUGUUUAGAUGGCAUCCAAAGAAAAAAGGAAAAGUGGUGUUUGGACAUACUGAUGGAAGCCUAUCUAUUUUUCAGCCAGGUUCUAAAAAUCAGAAACAUGUCUUAAGACCAGAGUCUCUUGAAGGAACAGAUGAAGAGGACCCAGUUACAGCACUGGAGUGGGACCCUUUGUCAACUGACUACCUUCUUGUUGCUAAUUUACAUAAUGGUAUUCGACUAGUUGAUUCUGAAUCUCUGUCCUGUAUCACAACUUUUAGUUUUCCCAGUGCAGCAGCAUCUGUUCAGUGUUUAGCCUGGGUUUCCAGUGCACCUGGAAUGUUUAUAACUGGAGAUUCUCAGGUUGGUGUGUUACGUGUUUGGAAUGUUUCACGUACAACACCUAUAGAUAAUUUUAAAUUGAAGCAAACGGGUUUCCAUGGUUUGCAUGUGCUAAGUUCUCCUCCAAAGAAAAAGUCACGUUCAUCACAGUAUCCUACUAAAAAUCAUCAUACAUCUUCAACAAGUGAGGCUGUUCCUCCUCCAACUUUAACCCAAAACCAAGCAUUUUCUCUUCCUCCUGGUCACACCGUCUGUUGUUUUAUGGAUGGUGGAGUGGGGCUUUACGACAUGGGAGCCAAAAAGUGGGAUUUCCUUAGAGAUUUGGGACAUGUUGAGACCAUCUUUGAUUGCAAAUUCAAACCUGAUAACCCUGAUCUUCUUGCUACAGCUUCAUUUGAUGGCACAAUAAAAGUUUGGGACAUUAAUACUUUAUCAGCGGUUUAUACAUCUCCUGGUAAUGAGGGGGUUAUUUAUUCCAUUUCUUGGGCUCCAGGAGAUCUGAACUGCAUAGCAGGGGCAACAUCCAGAAAUGGUGCCUUCAUCUGGGAUGUUCGAAAAGGCAAAAUGAUAACCAGAUUCAGUGAGCAUGGAAAGAAUGGAAUCUUCUGCAUUGCCUGGAGUCAUAAAGAUUCCAAAAGAAUAGCAACCUGCAGCAGUGAUGGAUUUUGUAUUAUUCGAACCAUUGAUGGCAAUGUUCUUCACAAGUAUAAACAUCCAGCUGCAGUGUUCGGCUGCGAUUGGAGUCAAAACAACAAAGAUAUGAUAGCUACUGGUUGUGAGGAUAAAAAUGUUCGUGUUUACUACUUGGCAACCAGCUCUGAUCAGCCACUGAAAGUUUUCACAGGGCAUACUGCAAAAGUGUUUCAUGUACGGUGGUCUCCUCUGAGAGAAGGAAUCCUCUGCAGUGGCUCUGAUGAUGGUACUGUUCGAAUAUGGGAUUAUACACAGGACGCUUGUAUAAAUGUUCUUAGUGGACACACAGCUCCAGUACGGGGGCUGAUGUGGAAUCCUGAAAUUCCUUACCUUCUAAUAUCUGGCAGUUGGGACUAUACAAUUCGAGUCUGGGACACAAGAGAUGGAACAUGUUUGGACACAGUUUAUGAUCAUGGUGCAGAUGUAUAUGGAUUAACAUGUCAUCCUAGUCGUCCAUUUACUAUGGCAUCCUGCUCUCGUGAUUCCACUGUGAGACUCUGGUCAUUGACACCUCUUAUAAACCCUCUACCAAUAAAUAUCUUAGCAGAUAGAUGUUGGGAUGAUAUUAUCGGCAAUACAGAUCGUGCUGUGGAAUCUGGUGCUCCUCCUUUGCUGUGUGGUAAAGUUUCCAGGGAUAUUAAACAGGAAUUGGAAAAAUUGUCAGGAAAUCCUCGAGGAAAAAAACUAAGGUGGUUUUCAGAAUGUUUUUCACCUCCUGGAGGCAGCAAAAAUUUAUGGGAUUUGGUUGCUGUAAUAAAAGGACAGGAUGACAGUUUGCUUCCACAAAACUACUGCAAAGGAAUUAUGCAUAUGAAACAUCUCAUUAGAUUUAGAAUGUCCAGGGCACAAGAGCUGACAACAGUAAAGAUGUCUAAGUUUGGAGGCGGUAUUGGUGCACCAAGCAAAGAGGAAAGGCUCAAAGAAGCUGCAGAAAUACAUUUAAGAUUAGGACAAAUUCAGCGAUAUUGUGAACUAAUGGUAGAACUUGGAGAGUGGGACAAAGCUCUCUCAGUUGCGCCUGGUGUAUCAAUGAAAUAUUGGAGGAAGUUAAUGCAAAGGAGAGCUGAUCAGUUAAUUCAGGAAGAAAAUGAUGAUGUCAUCCCAUACUGUAUAGCUACUGGAGAUGUAAAGAAACUCAUUUCUUUCUUUACUUCAAGAGGUCAGCUUAAAGAAGCGCUUCUUGUUGCACAGGCAGCUUGUGAAGGAAAUAUACAGAUGUUACCACUCCCCACAGCAAGUGGAUCUUCAAAUUCUGGUGGAAACAAUGCUGAUGAUUAUAAUGAGCUCCUGCACAAGGUCAGUAAAGAACUGGCAGAUUGGUAUUUUCAGGAUGGCCAUGCAGUGCUUGCAGCAUGUUGUCAUCUGGCUGUUGAAAAUAUAGAGCUUGCGAUGGCAAACCUGAUUCGUGGAAAUGAACUGGAGCUGGCAGUCAGUGUUGGUACUGUCUUAGGAGAAAGUGCAGCACAAGCAACACAUUAUGCCCUAGAAUUACUAGCAAGAAAGUGUAUGGCAGUAGCAACAUGCUUUCCAUCACUUGGAUACAGGGAUUUAGCAGCUGAUCUUCUUAUGAUGAUUCCUGAUAACAAACUGCAGUUAGUAAAACUAUGUGCUUUUUAUCCUGGAUGCAUAGCAGAAAUAAAUGACCUGCAUGAAAAGUGCAAUCUUCCUGAUGCAGAAGAAUGUAUGCGGUUGGCAGAGACAAUUCAGACAGACGGAGAUAUAUUUGAAACGAUCAAGUACUAUCUGUUAAGCACAGAACCUGACAGGGCUCUCCCUGUUGGCAUUCAGUAUGUGAAAGAACAACUUAUUGGCUCAGAUUGGACUUUGGAUUCAGUCUUUCCAUAUCUUGAUCUUCUAAGUUACAUACGCACUGAACAAUUAAUGUUGCAUCAAUGUAGUGAAUUUCGGAAUGAGUUGCUGAUUUUGUGUGGUUACAUUGGUGCUUUACUUGCUAUCAGAAGACAGUACAAUAGCAUUGUACCUGCACUGUAUGAGUAUACAAGUCAGCUUUUAAAAAGACGAGAAGUAUCCGUACCUUUGAAAAUUGAACAGCUUUCUGAGGAAUUAGAUGCAUGGAGAGCUUGCACACAAUUAAACAAGUCUGGCGAUGAACUGCCAUGCACCCCACCGUCUGAAUCACAGAGAGCGGUGUAUUCACUGCUCGUAUCACGAAUUCAGGAGGAGCCUCUGAAAGGAAUGGUUGGGCCAGACUGUGUCACUGGAUCAAAUCUUCCUAGUCAUUCUGAUGUUCAUAUUUCUUGUUUGACAGGGCUAAAGAUACAGGGUCCAGUGUUCUUCCUUGAAGAUGGAAAAUCUGCUAUUUCACUGAAUGAUGCUUUGAUGUGGGCCAAAGUCAAUCCUUUUUCACCACUAGGAACAGGAAUACGACUUAACCCAUUUUGAUUAGGUGUUUCCUCUGUACUUUAUAGUGCUUAAAAUAACACUCUGGGGGUUAAUACUGAUUUAACCUUGAUCAAAGGACAGAAAGUGGUAGUUGGAAGGGCAAGUACUUGAACUUUGAAAAUUGUAAAGUGAAAGCAAGAAAAGAAUUUCUAUACAAAUGUUUGUUGAAAAUCCAAAGAAAAAAGUUAUUUGGUAAUCCAAAGAAAAAGUCCUAACUUCAUAUACAGCCAUGUCUUUUUUUUUUUCAGUAAGAACAGUGUUGUCAGACAAUACAGACAUAUUUUAGUCAACUCUGUGUGAAUAGAUGCCUUGUAAAGGGAGUAAGCAACUAUCUGCACAUUAUCAAAAUAUUGAUAACAAACUGUGAAAUCCAUAAACACACUUCCAAAUACAUAAUAAUAGAAUAACUUUCUUGAUACCUACUGCAACCUGGUUUUAGAAGGACUGGAAUACUGUGGCUCUUUCACACAUUGUGUCCCCCUUUUUAAUUUUAACUAAUUUUUACACACAGGGUUCUAUAGUAAAAGUAAAAUUUAAAGAGUAGAUUAUUUUUUUCAUCCAUUUGUUACUGUGCUUAUUAGCAGUACAAAUAGCAGUUUACUUAUGUUUUGUUUAGAGAGUUUUGAAUAUCUACAUUACAAAAUUCUAUUUUCUAAUAGGAUCAUUUUCGGCAACUGUCCCCCUUAUAUUUUCACUGGAGGCUAAAAUGUAUUUAUAAAACUGUUUUUUUUUUUUUAACAAAGGGUUUGUAAGGAACAAACAGCAAAUUUAUUGCAAUUAUUUAACUGUGAUAUAUAUAUUUAAAAUACUUGUUUUCUUUUUACAUUUUGUAUUAGUUAUAAACAUGCAUAUAGUAUGACAAAUCAGAAGUAAAUACCUGUGCAUAUAUAUUUUUAUUUACUAAAUCUGUGCUCAAAUGGAAAAAACUAGUUAUGGCAAUAGAACACUAAGAAUAUUUAAACUUUAAAGCUGUGUAUAGUAUGGAAUUUAAUUAUAAGGAAAAUAUUAUACUUAUUUAUUAUUAAUAAUUCUUAUGAUCAGAAUUACCUGUAGAAAAGAUGCCUUGGUUACAGUAUUCUUUAUUAGUUUAAUUGCUGGCACUUAAGCAGAAAUCUACUUUAUCUGAUGUUACAUUUUUUGCUGCUGCUUUAAAAUAAAUUUUAAAAUUUAUUUAGAAUCCUGAUAAUUACAUGAAAUGUAAAGAAGUUGCAAUUAGAAAUUGGCAGAAUUAUUUUAAUAGAAACUGUUGUAAAACUGGUAAUAAUAGCAGGUCUCUAUUUAUCAGACCCUGUAGACAAUCCUCAAUACAGAGGUAAGCCAUGCCCUCAUUUAACUAGAAAUAACAAUGCCACCAUGCUGGAAAGGUGGGAUGGAGAUUAGAAAUAAAAAAAUACAGGGUUAUUUUUCUCCCUCUUUAAAAAAGUAAAAUUUCAUUCUGGCAAUGUUCUAGAGUAUUAUUACAGGGUUUCUGGUUUAAGAAUAAACUGGAGGGGGAGAGGCAAGGCUUAGCUCUUUUGUAGCCUAAAAACCCCCAUUUUUGUAUGUACUUGGAUGCUGGAACAGAAUGUUUUACUAUCUGCAGGUAUUCUUUGGAAAAUGAUUUUCCUUUUUUUAACUCCUUGGAGCUUGGCAAAGAAGAAUUGGGUUUCAGAAGUCAAAAUUUGUAGUUUUUGAAAUAAUUUUCCAUCAGUCAGUAUCUGAUAUCUGCUUCUGUCAAAUGAAAGACUAGCUGUCUUUUAGCACAUAAAUUGUAUAACCUGAUAUAUAAAUGCAGAGGUGCAGAGCAAUGGUAAGAACAUGCAGCCCCAUGACUGGUGAUUGGAAUCUGAAGGAUUGACUCAACUGCCAUUCUACUACUAUAUUUAAAAUCUUUUGCUGUAUCAUAAGGACUUUUACCAAUAUUUCAAAGUUUAAAUAACUUACAAUGUGUAGUAUAACUACAUCAAUGUGUUGCACAUAAAUUGUGCCUUAACAUGGAAUCUUGGGCAAAUCUACUCCCUGUUUAGAAUGUGAGGGUUAGGAAUUCUUUCAUUGCUAAAAUAUAAAAAUUAAGUCAGAGUUUUUUAUAUUUGGGGUGAAUCAGGAAACAGUCAUUGUGAAUAACAUGAGGUUGCAUUUUCCUUGUAGUUGUUUGUACCCCAUGUGUUGAGUGAGGGGAAUAUGCAGAAAAGGUUGUAAUUGUGUCUACUGCUACAGCUGUGGUUGCAACUGUCAAAAAAUGAAUUCAUCAUUUUCAUAAUUAAUUUCAGAUUGUUUGCUAAUAUGUGACUUCAUUGUCUGGCACAGCAAGUCAAAUACAGAUAUUUCUCCCUUAAUAUUAAAGAAUACUUUGUCUUCAAAUUAUUGUUUGACUCUUCUGUGAAAGUCUUAUUUCCAUUUGAAUGAAGAAAUGUAUCAAGCUAUA